AUGGCCGACGACAUCAUCCAGCUCCUGGACGCCCUCGGCAUCAGGUCAAAGGUCCACCUCGUCGGCCACGACAUAGGCGGCAUGGUCGCCUGGGCCAUCGCCGCGCGCCACCCGGACCGCGUCCUCACCGUCAACUGGGGCGAGUGCCCCCUUCCCGGGACGUCGGCCCACCAGCAGGACCGCACCGGCCGCGCCGUCGACCAGUUCCACUUCAUCUUCCACUGCGUGCGCGACCUGCCCGAGGCCCUUAUCGCGGGGCGGGAGGAGGUCUACCUGAGCCACUUCUUCAACAAGCUCGCGUUCAACACGGCGGCCAUUGGGUCGGAGGAUCUGGACCAUUAUGUGAGGGCGUACUCGCAGCCUGGAGCUAUGCGGUGUGCCCUUGAGGUAUACCGGGCGUUCUUGGAAGAUGCGGAAGAGAAUUGGGAGUGGAUCAGGACUCAUGGGAAGUGCAAGGUACCUGCUAUCUGUCUGAGUGGGGAGGAAAGCGCGCAUUGUGGGCAGGCGAGGCAGAUGCUUGCUGGGGUGCAUGAAGCCGGGACGUUUGAGGUGGCGACGGUGCCUAGGGCGGGUCAUUACCUGGCUGAGGAGAAUCCGGAUGGCUUUGUGGACAAGACAGUGGCUUUUAUCGUGAAACACCGGAGAUAA